AUGGAGAAUUUUUAUUUGUAUAAGUUUCUCUAGAAUAAUUAAUCGAUUAGUUCUAUAAGAAAGGUAUAGAUAAUUAAUAUCGAAGUUAAUCUCAAACAAUUGCGCAUAUUUUAUUAAGUAUAGAAUUAUGAUUAUUUUCGCAGUAGAUUCCACCAAAAAAGGCUAUGGUUUUACCAACUUUUGCUUUUAGCUUUGAAAUAUUAGUUAUUGAAGUUGAAAAUUAAGCAGAGAUUUAGAACUGAGAAAAGAAAAGGAAUUGUGGUUAUAAAUAGAAUAAUUUUUCUUUUAAAUCUUGAAAAUUAAUCUUAAACUUUAGUAAGAUUAAUAUUUACAUGUAAAAUAUUGCAUAACAAUCAGAUCAAGAAAAAGAAAUUAACUAACCAUUAGAAUAACACAAAAUAAACCCUGAUUUGCCAAGAGAAACCUAUGCCUCUAGAUAACUUAAGUAAGUAACAUCACAUCAGCAAAAACAUAAGUCUUAAGCAUCUUGAGAAGAGGAAGGAACCUUUUGAGAAGUAGAAGUAAAUGAUGUAGAGCAAGUAACAGGAGUAGGAGAAGUUAAAUUAGGAAUUCAAGUAUCGGUACUAUAUGGGGCAUGAUGAGUGUAAAGCAAUUGCUUUUAUGUGCACAGGAAUGAAUGGGUAAGAUUUUGAAUUAUUAGCUCGAGCAGAUUUAAAACUUGAUCUAAUAAAGGAGGUUAUAAAAGAAUAAAUGAAAUGAGA